AUGGGUCACGGAGAAGUAGAUAAAAGCAAAGGAUUUGCAGAAGAAGCAAGUAAUCAGCAUCAUCAAUACGGUACCUUUCAAGGUGUUUCAAAUUACCCACCGCCGCAGAAUUCUGCUCCGGUCACUGGUUUUCCUCAACCUUCGGCCCCUCCUGGAGUUUAUGAUUCCGUUCCUUACGCUCAUGGAUACCAAACCACCGUUCCAGUGCACGGUGUUGUUGCUGAAGGAAGACCUGUGAGACAACGCCGUCUUCCUUGCUGUGGAAUUGGUCUCGGAUGGUUCCUGUUCAUAAUUGGAUUUUUCCUUGGAGCAAUCCCGUGGUAUAUCGGAUUGUUCAUCAUGAUGUUUGGAAGAAGGAUCGAUUACAGGGAGAAACCAGGAUACAUCGCUUGCACUAUCGCUGCUAUUCUCGCAACAAUCGCUGUGAUUCUGGGUGUAUCUAAAGGAGCAGAAGAUUGGUGA